UCUACCAUCAUUCCUCACACCACAAAAAAACAUGAAGUUUUCUAAAGGUUUGGCGUUGUUUCUUCUCCUUGUUCUUCUUCUCGUUGCCGCAACCGCAGCAUUUGCGGAAGAAUUCCAACUUGGAGAUGAGCCGAAAGAGAUCAACCAACGUGGCGGCGGUUACUGCCGCUACCGCCGCUGCUGCGGCGGUUGGUACGGCGGCAGCUGCAGACGAUGGUGUUGCAGCCCCUCUGCUACUGAAGCGGAGCAAGCUUCCUCUGUAGAUGACACCACUCUCAAUGGCGGCGGCGAUGGACAUAGCGGAGGUGGUGGACAUGGCGGCGGUGGAGGACAUGGUGGUGGUGGAAAAGGUGGUGGCGGCGGAGGGCAUGGCGGUGGAGGACAUGGCGGUGGUGGAAAAGGUGGCGGCGGCGGAGGGCAUGGUGGUGGUGGAAAAGGUGGCGGAGGACACGGUGGUGUACCAGGCAAUGAAGAGACGAAGAACUAA